UUCUUACUUGUUUAUAUUAAAUAUUGUAAUAGUAACAUGAAAAACAUGAAUACUUGAAUUUUAGAAAAUGUUUUUGUGUUUUGAAUCCAAACUUACUUAUUGAUCUAUAUGUAAACUAUUUUAACAAUACUAUAUAUAACUAAAAGUCCUUUCACGAUUAUUCAUCAUUAUAAAAACUGAAAAGUAAUCAUAGCCAACACAAGACUUUCAGAAUAAAGGAAACAUUUGGAAGACUGCCAAGUCUUCAAAACAAGCCAGGGGAUCAUUGUGCCACUGUCAACGCGACAUGUUUGUUCUAACUACACACUUGUUUGUUCUGACUACACGCUUGUAUGUUCAAUAUACACAAAUAUUCCAUGUGGAAAGCACCUCCCCCUAAAACAAUGCAUUUCCAUGUUAAUAUAUGACUUAGUAAUGUCAAUAUUAGGUGGCUUCGUUGGUAAUUGGGUCGAUGGAAGUGUGUGUUUGCGUGUGUGUGUGUGUGUGUGUGUGUGUGUGUGUGUGUGUGUGUGUGUGUGUGUGUGUGUGUGUGUGUGAAGUUUGAGUGAUAGGAAUAAACCGUCGACACUGCAACAUACAAUAUAUUAUUGCAUAUACCACUUUUACAAAUGUAUGAUUUACCUUACUUUAUAUUUUCAGGACCAGACUGUCCCAAUCCUCCUGUCUUUGCUGAUAGUUAUCAACAGUUCAACCCAUCGUCGGUUUCCACAGCGUAUGGAGAAACCUUGAAGUAUGGAUGUAAUUCAGGGUUUGUAGCUGAGAAUGGUGUCACAACCAUCAGAUGUGGUGUAGACGCCACAUGGACAAGCAUAGUUUGUAAACAUUUCUGCCAAGUUGAGGGCUACAGGUUCAUUAAAAGAUCGGGAAUGUGUGUGAAAAUUGCAUUUGAUAAGAAGACGUGGUUCCAGGCCAAAGAAGCGUGUGAAUCUGAUGGCGGGAGACUUGCGAAGAUUGACACAGAAGACAAAGCAUUGGCUCUCUCAGACAUACUAGUGGCAGAGCAUCCAGGGAAUCCUUUUUACGUAGGCGCAAGCGACCUCAGGAAGGCUAAUUCGUGGGAAUGGACUGAUGGGACAGCUGUUGAAUAUCAAAGGUGGAAACCAAACGAACCGAGCAAUUAUGCGACGGAAGACUGCUUGAAAGUUAAUCAUGGCUCUCCUGGCUGGAAUGAUGAAGUCUGUACAAGAAAGAGAGACUACAUUUGUGAAAAGUUUUUGUAACAUUUACAUCUGUACCCGAUCUCUUUGUUUGAGAAAUAUAUAUAUAUCAGAGA